AGGAAACUGACUUAUUUUAUUCUUCUUAUACAUUACACUCUCAUACCAUGGCCUUUACAUUAAAACCUACCCUUGAAGAAGUUCAGGCAAUUAUUGCUUCCGGACAAGGAAAUACUAUUCCAAUCUAUGCUGAACUGGAAGCCGACUUUCUGACACCUGUCUCUGCUUAUCUCAAAGUCGCUGACAAGUGCGAAUACUCAUUCUUGCUUGAAUCUGUCGAAGGUGGAGAGAACAUUGGUCGCUACUCUUUUAUUGGAGCUGAUCCCUAUAAACUCAUCAAGGUGGGUCCUAAUGAGGCUGUCAAGGGCGAUCCUCUUUUAGCCAUUGAAAAAGAAUUAGAGCCUAUCCGAUAUGUCAAAGUACCGGGCCUUCCUGGAUUUACUGGUGGUGCUGUAGGAUAUAUUGGUUUUGAAUGUUUUGAAUACUUUGAGCCUAGUGUCAAGGGAGAGCUUAAGGAUCCAUUGGGUAUUCCCGAUGCCGUGUUUAUGAUGUGCGAUACACUCGUAGUCUUUGACCGUGUCCGUCAUAUUGUCAAUGUAGUAUCUCACUAUAGAAGUGACGCUACUGAUCCCGAACUUGUCCGCCGUGAAUAUAUCAAGGCUUCAGAGGAGAUCGAAUGUACCCUGACACUCUUGAAUCAGGAACACAUCCCACCUGUUCCCCAAGGACCAGUUGUUCUUGGAAACACAGCCACAUCUAACGUUGGAAAAGAAGGUUAUAUGGACUUUGUCUCCACACUGAAACACCACAUCAAGGAGGGUGAUAUUUUCCAAACUGUCCCUAGUCAGCGUCUGGCACGCCCCACUUCCCUUCACCCCUUCAAUGUCUAUCGCCACUUGAGAUCCCUCAACCCUUCACCUUACAUGUUCUAUGUGACUCUCAAAGACUUUACUCUUGUCGGUGCUUCUCCUGAGAUGCUUACCAAGGUCCAAGAUCGGGUCGCAUACACACAUCCUAUCGCAGGUACCCGUAAAAGAGGAAAGUCAGGCGAAGAAGAUAAAGCAUUGGCCGAUGAUCUUCUUAAAGACCCCAAGGAGAGAGCUGAACAUGUUAUGCUUGUGGAUUUGGGUCGUAAUGACAUCAACCGUGUCUGUCAGCCAGCAUCUGUCAAGGUGGACAAGUUGAUGGAGAUCGAAUAUUAUUCACAUGUUAUGCACAUCGUCUCUAAUGUGUCAGGUGUUUUAAGAGAGGAUAAGACACCAUUUGACGCAUUCCGUGCCAUAUUUCCUGCUGGAACUGUUUCCGGUGCUCCAAAGAUCAAGGCUGUUGAGCUUAUUCGUAAACUAGAGAAGGAAAAGAGAGGAAUAUAUGCAGGAUCUGUGGGUCACUUUGACUACUCUGGUGAUCUUGAUACAUGCAUUGCGAUCCGUACUAUGGUAUUCAAAAACGAUGUUGCGUAUUUGCAAGCCGGUGGAGGUAUCGUUUGUGACUCUGUUGAAGAAGACGAAUACCAGGAGACUAUGAACAAGAUGGGAUCCAACCUUGCUACCAUUGAGCAAUGUGAACAAAAGAUUUACAAGAUUCAACAAGCAAGCAAAAAGUAGAAUAAUUACAAAAAAAACAAAAAACAAACCCGAUCUGCUUUUCUACUGUUCAUUUUAAGCUAUUUUCUUAUAGCAACAACAAAAUUGUGUGUGUAAAAUAAUAUGUAAAUGGUAUACUUCUUUGCUAAUAAUGUCCCUUUCCAUAAAAAAAAAAGAUUAAUACAAUACAAGAUAUUUAAUAAGAUUGUGUAUUUCUGU